AGGUUCAAGUCCUGCUAUACCCAAACCUACCUUACUAUAGUAGGUGAUGCGUAGUAGCGUUCAAAGAUCACUCUUUGGCCUUUAGACUCGCUUCAGCGACUUUGCCCUUUAAGUGACAAAGGGGGUGAGCCGCUCCAAGCCGAAAGCGAUAGCGAAUCCCGAACUUGCCCACGCUCAUCCAAACCGGCCUCAAAAAGCGAUCGGAAAGCAAAGCCCUUCCUUCCAAUCCAAGCCGACGAAGCCGCCCCUAUAUCUAACCACCGCUCACCCCGAUCACAUAUUGGCACGUUCAUGAUGCAUCAUGAUCAAAAGGCCCUAAAAAAGACCUAUGCAUCAGUGUACUGUCAUGAUCAUAUAUUAGCUCGAUUUUUUGGACGGCUUGAAGGCGAAGCCGCCUAUUUCUUCGGGCAAAGGGCGCUCCCUCCUCCUAACUCCUUCCACUUCUCCCCGGGACAGGGACUACGGCUUGACCUUCGAGGAAGAACUCCGUGGGACCCCUCCUUUUAGGGCGCCUAGAUAGUGAAAGGUUAUCCCUUUGCAACGCUGGAAGCUAAGCAAAGUCACGAAGCUGGCUGACUACGCUCGAGCAGAGCUCAGGCCCGGAGGUGGUGGCUGAACUCGCCACAGAGUUCAGGAGCGAGUAAGACUAUCUUGGUGAAUGCAAUAAGAAUCGGCUGCUCGCCGCAGCAGAGUGCUUUGCCCAUGCUGCUAUCCGCCGCCGAAGCGCUCUCAAGGAAUUCGUGCUUGGAUGUCGAGAUCAGGGGACUCUAUCCAAUCCAUGCGGCGAAAUCUAUUUGUGGUGGAACAAACUCAAAUCCAAAUAUAUUUUCCGAUACAAGAGAUCGGCCCCGAAGCAAGGUAUGGUGGGUGCCAGCAACUUAAACUUGUUAGGAGUAGGGGCUGAAAAGAGCUCUUUGUAUAGCUUGGCUUUGCUGGGCUUUGAUGCUUACAACUUAGAGAAAGGGGAAGGUUUGAGAAAGGAGCUUUUUAGCCCUUUUGCUGGAUUGUUGGUCCGCGGCCCCGCUCUAUAGAUAGAAUGAAUAAGGAGAGGCCUAUCGAUGACAUGACCGAGCCACUCUUUUACUACUCCUUACCUUACCCCCUUGUCACUUAAGGGGAAGCAAGAGAAGGGGGCCCGCUGGAAACCUUCGCCUUCGGCUCCAUACUGAUCGGGCCGGCCGGCCAUGAAGGGACAUUACGAACUUCUUACUGGUAAUACUGGGCUGUAUAUGAUCCUGAUCAGUGAUCAGUAUAUUUUCAUAUUCCGGAUCCUUAUGUGCUUUUUUUUUCUUAUACUAGCGGCGGCAGAUCCAUUAGUAAACAGGAGCUGCUAUCGUUCACCCGGCUGGAUGUCAAUCUGACGGAUGGAUAGGCGUAGCAGAAAAGAAAAGAUAGGGUCAAUUACGAGAGGAAGGCGGAGGAAAGAAGACGAGAGAGCAAGCCCCAGGAAAGUAUAGGUUGGCUUGCAGCUACCACGGCCGUAAGAACGACUCGAAAGACGGGCCCCCGCCCCGAGAGUCGCGAUAAAAUCUUUCGGAAUCAAAAUUAUAUCGUGGUAGCCUACAAUGGUUGCUUUCCUAUGCCGUUCCAUUCAUACGAAGCCAAGCCGAUCCGAUUUAGGCCUAGGACCCAACUCCGAACCCUUUGCCUGGCCUCGGGUGGUGGAUCGAAUGAACACUCAACUGCGUCAUCACGGCAGCGAUGGAUGUUUAACCUUUAUUUAUAUCUUAUCCUUCUUUAUAAAUAAAGAGAAAGGCGGGGAUGGACUCUGAAAUACUCCUCCGAUCGGUUCCGACAGUCUUUUCUUCACCUUCUCUUCUCGGCAUGAUCCAGGCGUUCAAGCUAGCAGAUCAAAUCAUGGGUUUUCAUCCCCGGAGAGGCAAAUGAGUCGGUUGGUUGAAAUGCGGUUAUGCCGGGUGGACUAAAGUCAAGUGGGAGGUGGUCUCGUAUUAUCUUAUAAUAGGAGGACGCCCGCUUUUAGCUCUAAGUCAUCGCUUCCAAUCCUAUUCCUAUAAUAGAACGCUUUUCUUUUUUUCGGUAUGCCGCUCCGCGAGCAAGGAGCGAGAGAAGCAAGCGGGCUGUGAUGAUGUCAGAAUUUGCACCUAUUUGUAUCUAUUUAGUGAUUAGUCCGCUACUUUCUUUGAUCCUACUCGGUGUUCCUUUUCCAUUUGCUUCCAAUAGUUCGACCUACCCAGAAAAAUUGUCGGCCUACGAAUGUGGUUUCGAUCCUUCCGGUGAUGCCAGAAGUCGUUUCGAUAUACGAUUUUAUCUUGUUUCAAUUUUAUUUAUUAUCCCUGAUCCGGAAGUCACCUUUUUCUUUCCUUGGGCAGUACCUCCCAACAAGAUUGAUUCGUUUGGAUCUUGGUCCAUGAUGGCCUUUUUAUUGAUUUUGACGAUUGGAUCUCUCUAUGAAUGGAAAAGGGGUGCUUCGGAUCGGGAGUAAUCACUAGUGAUAGGGCAAAAAUCGGGGGUAAGGACAAAGGAAAGAGCGAUGCCUACAUUAAAUCAAUUGAUUCGUUAUGGUAGAGAAGAAAAACGGCGCACGGACCGUACUCGAGCUUUGGAUCAAUGUCCCCAGAAGCAAGGAGUAUGCCUGCGUGUUUCAACGAGAACACCGAAAAAACCUAAUUCAGCUCUACGUAAGA